CACGUGCGGUCCGAAGUCCGCCCCGGCCACGCCGGGAUGCAGCACUUCCCUGGGGGAGGCAGCGUCCGGAGGGACCUGCGGACCAGGGGGAGCAGGGCUCGGCCUCCACAGAGUCCAGCGGAGAAAAUCUCGGCAGAAGCACGGCCGCCUCCCUGUCGCCGCCGCCCUGGAGCUGGAAACGGAGUUCGGUGGGGCCGGGCGCCCGCCUGCUGAGCAGCGGCUCCUCCAGGCCUCGGCCCCCGAGCCUGAGCUGAAGGCGGUGGCGGUGCCCCGGACAGGCAGCGCGCUGCGCUGGUUCACCACUGCGGUCCUGUAUGCCUCCUUCCUGGGGAUGGGGUUGGCUGCUGCUAUACUGGGACCCACAUUUCAAGAUUUGGCAAGCAACGUGAACCAAAAUAUGAGCAGUCUUUCUCAAAUAUUUGUGGGUCGUGCUUUGGGAUAUUUGGGUGGCUGUGCCAUUUGUGGAAUUCUUUUUGACCGUAUCAAUCAAUUUUUACUUUUAGGGGUGUUGAUGUUGGUUACCUCAGUUGCUCAUUAUCUCAUUCCUCUUUGCAAGACAGCUGCAUUGCUGAUUGUCAUGAUGUCUGUCACUGGUAUUGGACUGGGUAUUCUGGACACAGGUGGGAACGUCCUUAUCUUGGCUCUCUGGGGGGACAAAGGAGCCCCACAUAUGCAGGCCUUACACUUCAGUUUUGCCUUGGGUGCCUUUUUGACUCCUAUUCUGGCAAAAUUGGCCUUGGGGACGACAGUGUCAGCUGAAAACCACACAGAGCCUGACCUUCACCAUCCAGCCCUCAACCGAUCACCUGAAGCCGACCCAGACCUUCUGUUUGCAGCACCUGAUGACUUGAACUUACUGUGGGCAUAUGCUUUUAUCAGCACUUACAUCUUUGUAGUUUCCGUCUUCUUGUUUGCUCUGUUUUUCAAGAAAAGCUCAAGGCACAAAAAGUCAGCAGCAUCUGCUCAGGAAUCUCGAAGAGCUAAACAUCACAAGGCCCUGCUCUGCUUCCUUUUUCUGUUCUUCUUUUUUUACGUUGGAGCUGAGGUAACCUACAGCUCUUACAUUUUCUCCUUUGCAACCACCCACGUUGGCAUGGAGGAAAGCGAAGCCGCUGGGUUGAACUCCCUCUUCUGGGGGACCUUUGCAGCCUGCAGGGGCCUGGCAAUCUUCUUUGCUGCAUGUUUACAGCCUGGGACCAUGAUUGUGCUGAGCAACAUUGGCAGCGUGGUCUCGUGUUUAUUCCUGGUGCUUUUUGAUAAGAGCCCACUUUGUCUCUGGAUAACGAGUUCUGUGUAUGGAGCCUCAAUGGCUGCCAUCUUUCCCAGUGGUGUUUCUUGGAUUGAGCAGUACACAAGCAUAAGUGGAAUUUCUGCAGCAUUUCUUCUAAUUGGCGCUGCCCUGGGGGUAAUGGCUCUUCCUGCAGGAGCAGGAACUCUUCAAGGACAAUACCCAGAUUUGCCAGUAGUACUUUACACCUGUUUGGGGUCAACAAUAUUCAUUACUGUUUUAUUUGCUGUGAUGUAUAAAUUAGCCACCUUUUCUGUCUAUCACCAGCGAAGGGAAAACAUCAAAAGUGAGAAUUAGAAAGCUUUGCCCUCUGGUUCAAAACUAGGAGGAGGAAAAUGAGGAAAAGAUGUAGAAGAAUGCAAUGAGAUGGCUUUGAAGUGAUUGAGUGAUAUAAUUUGUCAUUCUGUAAUGUGUAAAAAUCUAGCAAUAGUUUAAUGGAGGCCACACCUGAAAUCUCCAACUCUUUCCUCUCAAUUGCAAUAACGUUUGAGUCUUUUCCAGCUAAUAUUGGAAUUGUCCUGUGAAGUACUUUGUCAGAAAUCAGGAUGAAAGGGACUAAUGCUUAGAAAAGAUGGAUUACUUACUGAUUUUCUUGAAGAAUCACCACUUCUAAAGAGGCCAGGCAGAGCAGAGCAUUAGCAGAGUUUCAGCAUGCAUUGCUGAUGCAAGUUUCUAGGUUCAUCUACAGCAAGUGCUAAAAAAUUUUUGAAGUGUUCUGUCAUUCCCACAGACUCAUAAACUACCAAGUGGUCAUACAGUAGGAUCUUGCAUGAGACUAGUAUUUGACAUGAGGCUGAUUAUAUAACAUUUUAUGGUUGUUACCUUUUAGCACAUACAGAGAAAUCAUUUGAAUUUGAGUGACGUGUAACAGCAAAACUCAUUCAGGAGUGGAAUGGAUUUGCUGAGCAAAUUAUGAGACAUUCAUAAGCUGCCUGGAAAGUAGAGUGUAGUUUCAUAAAAGACCAUCUUUCCAAAUAGAUGUUUUAUAUAAUUUAUUUACUUUAUCUAUAGGGUUGGACAAAAGAAUGGUAAUGGUCAACUUGGUUUUUGAUGUCUCUGAAAAGAACAUGGCAGCACCAAAAAAUUGAGUUUCCAACUGUGACUCUGCCUCCUGACUCUACACUGAGGCACUUUAUUUAGGCCUCAUUUGUCUCAUCUCCUGGUCUCUGAUAUUAGACGCAAGAAUGAGAUGAUUUCCAAAUUGAAAAUCCAUUGUUUUACAGUUGUAUGAGAUACUUCUAGAAAUCAAUGUCAUUGUGAGCCUGUUCUCCCUUUCAACAGAGAAGUGAAAAAAUAGCCUUAAGAAAAUGCUAUUAGUUAUGAAUAUGUGCCAGUUUAAUGUACUUAGUGUUUAAUAUUUUAUUUGUAAUUUUGUGAAGAACAUAUUUGAAUGCUGCAUUUCAUCAUUGCAGUAUAUAUCUUUCCCCCACAUUUUUAUCUACUUUGAAAUCAAGAUGUCUUAUAAUAAAUGAUCACAUAACAUUGUGACAAAGUUAAUUGAAAUUUUUUGUAUGCAAAUGUAAAAUAAUAUUGCAUUUUAUAGUCUAUUUGAGAGUCAGUGAAAUACCAUAGUGUAUUGAAUUAAUGAAGAUUAUAUUUUUUUCAGGCUAAGAAAAAGUUAUAUUGAUAUGCUAGUUUUCUCUGUACUUAUAUUCAGAUGUGAUCUGCAAACAGUGUUCUGAUUUUGAAUACAUAAAUAUUGAUGCUACAGAAAGAAUUUCUUGAGGCACUAGACUAUGUGAAAAGUUGGGACCAGCUCUUCCUGUUUCAAGCUUUGAUCCUCACUGGUUCUGAGGAGUAAUCAUAUUGUAAACACAGUAAACCAGGCAGAAAGUUCAGUUUGCAACAGGGCACAAUGUUUUCUGGAGAUUAGGAUGUGUGUGUCACUCACCAUGUGGAGCUCUUCUUUCUGAGCUGGAAAUACCUGGGAAACCAAAGUAAAAAUGAAAAGGUAGGUUGGUGGCCUAGGCAUCAAGGAUGACAAAUGGCACUUCAUCUGAGUGUGGCAAAUCUAGUGUGGCCAUCCUUUGAUAAAUGAGAACUGAUGAUAGAUUUUGUUAACUUCUUCCCAAGUUUUAUGCUGAAUGUUAUCUAAUUUAUACCUGAUUGUAUUAUGUUUGAGAAUUUAGUUUCUAUAAAUUUGCUUUAAGAAAAAUAGCUUUGGCUUGUCCUAAGUGAAAUGCAGCAUAUUUCUUGAGCUCUGCCCAUUCUCCUUAUAUUCCCAUCACAGCCUUUGUUCAUGUUAAUACCCAACAAUUUGUAGUGGGCCGGUGGGGAAAUUGAUAGUAAAACGUCUCCUUGCUCUUUUUACGUUGUACUUUUCCCUUAGUUUGAGCUUGGAAAGUACCUCUGCUCCAUUUCUUGCUUUCCCUCAGGCUGUUGGCCACUGGUAGCCUUGUUAUAAGAGGAAAUCUCCUAUCAGCAUCUGCUUUUUGAGGGUAAAAGAUGGAGCAGAGGGAGAGAAUAAUAGUAAUAAGAACAUGACACAACAUUUGGAAAUGCACACUGGAAUUUACUAGGGUUUCACAGUUCCAAAUGUGAAUGGCCAUUAUGUUAGCCAGAACUCUGUUACUGUAACAAACACUUGAGAUCAUUCAGUUAUAAGGAGAAAAGGUUUAUUUUGGCUCAUAGUUUUUGAGGUUCUAGUCCACAACUGCUUGGCUCCACUGCUUUCAGGCCUACAGCAAUACACCAUACCAUGGCAGUAACACAUAGAAUAAAACCAUUUGCUGUAA